UGUGGUGCUGAAGCUGCGCGUGCCUCGGAUGCUGCUGCCAUAGAAAUUCAUCCUCCUUUCGCGAGACAACCAGCGCGAGGAAUAAGGGGUUAUUGAGUCACCGCGGUUGUAAAACUGGUGGUUAAAUUCAGGAUGUUUGUACCCGCCGCUCUUCACGUUUUGUUCAUUCAUUUGUAGCCUUUAUUUUUCCCUUUACACCAGUUUUUAAGAGCCGUUCCUGACUGAGACGUCGUCUCUCCGUUGCCGCCGCCUCUCCAAACCGUCUGCUCCGCUCCAUUCAUCCUUUAUGCACAGCACUCUGCUCCAGUCCUCCCCGUCGAAUCACACCUCCGUGUCCGAUCGCCAUGGGCCACUCCAGCCGCUUUCACUAAGAGACAUGGAGGCAAAGCAGCACCCGAUCAAGAGCCUAAAAAGCUUCCCGGACACUGGCGGCAGGAGUCUGGCAGCAGCCGCCGGAGGAGACGGAGGAGGAGGAGUUGGCGGUGGUGGUGGAGGACAUCGAGCCGGCUCUGCAGAGAUGGAGAUGGAGGCGAAGAUCCAGAAAGCCAUCGACUUCAAAGCGGAGGGAAAUCGCUGCUACAAGGAGAAGAAAUUUCGGGAAGCGAUAGGCAAGUACCACCGUGCGCUGCUGCAACUGAAAGGCGUUCAUGUUGUCGACGGAACCACGGGCUCCGAGGUGAACCUGCUGAACCAAGCCGCGGCCAAGCUGACCGAGGAGCAGCGGAGGUCCGUGGAGAGCACCGAGAUCGAGUGCUACGACAGCCUGACAGCGUGUUUGUUGCAGUCCGAGCUCGUCAACUACGAGCGGGUGAAGGAGUACUGUUUGAAGGUGCUGAGCCACCAGAGAGACCACUUCAAGGCCAUGUACCGAGCCGGCAUUGCCUUCUAUCACCUGGGUGACUACGAAUGUGCUCUACGUUAUCUGCGUGAUGCCAAGAAUCGUGAACCCACAGACACCAACGUGCUGCGGUACAUCCAGCUGACAGAGAUGAAGAUGAGCAAGAGUGGACAGAGGGAAAGAGAGAGCAGCAAGGAGACCCUGGGCUAACCCUUGACCUUUUCCGCCUCCUGACCCUUUCACCUUUGACCCUACGAGCAGUCCCACAUCGACCCUCCUCCUCCUCCUCUCCACCUCUUCCAUCAACUCCGGACAGCAGCACAGACACAAGUGACAGACCCAAUCACCUGCCACCGAUGGACAAAAGCGGGAGACAUAUCAAGAGCUGUCUGCAACCCUUCUCCCUCAUCCCUCUCUUCCCCUCCACUUCUCCCUCUUUCUCCCUCAGGUGCUGUGGUUCCUCUCCCUAGAUGCAGACAAAAAAAACAAAGAAAAUGCUGUAUUAUACUAAUAGGAAAGCGUUGUUGCUGAGGACUGAAAAAAGGAGCUUCAAAACAUAUGAAAAUUUGACGUUUGCGCGAUUUACUCAACAUUUUAAAACGUGUUAUGUUUCUGCUGUUAUUCUCUUGGAGAAUAGCUGGGUUGGGAAGCUGGACCACACUGGGAGGAGGGCAGUUCAUGAGGAAAAGCAGGGGGAUAGUGAGAGGUGUGUGUGUGUGGGACACAUAUGUAGACCAUAGCCCAGUUUGAUUGUACACUGGCCCUUGACCCAGACAGACUAGAAAUCUUUCAUGAAAUAGAGAAAUAGCCUGCCUCCGUGCUUCAUCUAUUGCUCUUUUUGUCUCCGUUGUCUUUCCCGGAUGCUACUGUAUGUGUCUCUCAGUUUCUGGACUGUUUGAAUCCAAGGGCUAAUUCAAAUGUUCAUAAUCUGUUAAGUGGGGUUUGUUGAAUUUAUUUUCGUCGUCCAUCAUACGCAGAAGUGAGUGGUCAGGUGUGUUACUGAAGGAACUGGUGUGUUGAAUCUGUUUUUAGAAGCCCCUCCUGGAUCAUUCCUCCCUCCUAUGUCUCAUCUCCCUUUCCCUCAAUGAUGUCACACAUAGUAGCCGACGGAAUUGGAGUUCCGUCUACCGCAGUUUGCUAGAUGGAGAUCCACUCUCAAGGUUCACAAACAAAAAAACAAAACCAAUCUCCGACCUCUUAAGUCUAAUGCUGAAGCUUCCCAGACAUCGACAAACCCGGCGUCGGUGCAGGGAAAACAAUCACACACUCCUGCUCUAACAGUCCAAACCUCCUACACAGAGCACUCAGCUAUAGUGCACUUCAAUAAGAGUGAGCCAUUUGAGAUUUCCUCCUCCAAUCUUAGUUUACUGUAUGUUGAUUAAAUACCUGUUUGAAAGAUUGUUCCCAACACUGAGCUGUAAGGACCACACUAUAGGAAAAGAAAAACCAUGUUAGCAUUAGACAUCACUGACAAUGUGGUUUGAUAUCCACGGCUUUUGCCACCGCUUCUCUCGUGAUUUUGUGAAGCUAAAAUCAUCGAUGAUGAAGAUAUUGCUUUUGGAAUGGCUUGACUGCAAGCUGCACGGUUCUGCAGAGGGUUGGACUGAUGAUUUGUGAAAGCAUGACCUGAGGUUUUUCCCCCUUGUCUCUGAUGCCUGAACCUGCCAUGAACCUCUUUCCCACCUCCUGCAUGUGGCGUUUGGCUCCAGAGAGGUGCGUCUGACGUUAAGAGGCGAUCACAUUUGCUGUAGUGCUUUCUGACAUGGCAUGCUGCCACAAAACUAUUUGCUCAUGCCUCUAUUUUCUCCACUCUGUCCUUUUUGUAAACACAGAUAGUGGCGACGGGCUGCGAUGAAAAACAAAUACGGUAUCAAAUGUAUGUGGACGAAGAGGGAAUCUUAAAUAGAUUAGGGUCGUCGCCCUCGGCCUCGAACAAGGAGAGCGAUAAGAAGAAAUCUAUAAAAAGAAACUGGGAGAGAAAAUCAAAGAAAGAUUUUUGCUGUGACCUGCUAAGAGGUAAAUAGGGACCUAAGUGUGUCAAUGGGACUCUGGAGAGACGGCACCAUGAGUUGAAGAGACCUGUUUGAUACGGCAUUGCUCUAGCAGAGGAAGAAGUAGGCCAUCAUCAGCCGCAGCUCCCACUGUGGCAGUAGAGACUCAUUGAAAAGUUUAUAUUCACUGGAACACAAACAGGUUGAAAAAUGACUUCAAUUGGAAACAACUGGGUUACUUUCAACUUAAGUUAGUAACCUCUAUGAAAACAACUAGUUUACUCUACUUCUAAAAAAACUUCAUUCAUUCAAGUGUCACUAAGUUCCUUUUAUUUUGAUUUUACCCGUGCACCCUGGCUGUGUGAUGUGUGUGUUACACAGACACAUACACAUACACAUACAUACUAAACAUCAUUCCCACAAAAACUUGAGCCAUUAAUCUGCAGCCACCGUGAACUGCUUACCCGAGGUCGGGUCGCGGGUCACGAUUGAUGUUGAGUGAAAAGGUCCAGUGCAGUUCAUCAGUUCAUCAGGUGAGGUUGAUCAACACCAACCUUAAUUAAACUGUGCGUUUAUGAAGUCACACACCACUGGCGCCCGUGUUCAUGUGUGCUAUACAUUUCACUGUAUGGCGCCAGCGUGACAGUGACUGUCCACAUAGUUUUAAGCCAUAGAAUAUAUCACUAUCACGAGAUGCGUCUCAUUACAUAGCUGUAUAUGUUCUCAAAGGACGAUUAUGACAUUAAUUCACUUUACUGCAGAGAGAAUAUGUCUGUGACUGAGCAGAUGCAGCACAACGAAGUCAAAAGAUCGCAAAUGAACGUGUUCUAACUUUGAUCUGUACAAAGAAACUGAGGCACAAGAGAAAAACAUUUCAACAUUAGUUUUGCUAACUAGCAGAAUCUGUUCAUUCCCACUAGUAAUAGUUUACCUGCUGUAAAGCCACUUGUACUCAAAGCAACAUGGCUUAACUCAGCUGAUGCAGAAGCGUGGCGUGCCUCGGCUCUCUCCGGCUUUGUUUUCCCCCGAGGAGAGAAAAAAUCAACAAACAACAGUGAGGCCUGGCACCUGCAGGCUCGGCCACCAUGGCUGCCUGGGUUAAAUCUGCUCACCCACACUGGCCCCUCGGGGACAGGUCUCCUCCCAUGGUCCUCUCUCCAUGGCACCCGUCCGCCAUCUUGUUUUUGGUCUCACUGUGCUCCGUCAUCCUAGCUCCAUGUGCACUACAGUACGACCAUCUCCAGACGUCUAGCAGAACAAAACGCAGAUUCAUUUCUAGCUGAACAUUGGCGUUUUAUUCUUUUUUGAAAGCUGAGUGCACAACAGGCUGUUGUUAGUGGGAGUGUUGUCUGGCAACACGCACAUACAGAGACACCUGGAUCUCUAUGUUGGAGUAGCUUUGAAAACAAACAACAAAAAGCACAACAAAACUGAAACAGAAAAGUAGAACU